CCUACAGUUAAAAUGAAGAAACAUAUAUAUUAAGGUUGAGAAAAGUGCAACAAGGAUGUCUGCAUCAUCUGUUAUUUUACCGGUUCAAACCAGUAUAAACACUGUAAAUGUUGCUGGCAUGAAUAAUAAAACCAUUCAACCUGUGAACAAAUUCCCACAACAAACUCCUCAACUUCAACCAACGGCCCCACAAACAGAUAAUGCUGUUAAGCCAGGACUUGCCUCAGGAGUAUCACAAGCACUACAUCGCCCAUAUCAGUUCCGUCCAAGAUUCCCACCCAACAAAGGCCAGGAUGAUGCAUCAGCCCUUAUGUAUGAUGGAAAGCGAAUGAGAAAAGCUAUUCAUAGAAAAACUGUUGAUUAUAACCCGUCAGUUUUCAAAUACUUACAGAAUAGAGUAUGGCAGAGGGACAGAAGAGACGAGCAUCUAAUACAGCCUGAUGCUUUAUAUGCGACUGAUCUGGUUCCACCCCCUGCAUUGAUAGAGCACCCUAUGAACUGUGUUACUACAAGAUUUGUGAGAACUUCUACCAACAAAUUUAGAUGUCCUAUUUUUUGUCUAACUUGGACACCUGAAGGAAGAAGAUUAGUUACCGGAGCUUCCAGCGGAGAAUUCACUUUAUGGAAUGGCCUCACUUUUAACUUUGAGACUAUUUUACAAGCUCAUGAAACAGCAGUUAGAGCUAUGCGAUGGAGUCACAGUGAUGCAUGGAUGGUUACAGCAGACCACGCUGGCUAUAUCAAAUACUGGCAGUCAAAUAUGAAUAAUGUCAAGAUGUAUCAGGCACAUAAGGAGCCCAUUCGGGGAAUAAGUUUUUGUCCCUCGGACACUAAAUUUGCCUCUUGCUCAGACGAUGGAACUGUUCGAAUAUGGGAUUUUAUGAGAUGUCAUGAAGAAAGAAUUCUCCGAGGUCAUGGCGCUGAUGUCAGAUGUGUAGACUGGCACCCACAGAAGGCUCUGCUAGCUUCAGGAAGUAAAGAUAACCAACAGCCUGUCAAGCUAUGGGAUCCUAGGACAGGCAACAGCUUAUCUACACUACAUGCACAUAAGCAUACAGUAAUGGACCUGAAGUGGCAUCAGAAUGGUAACUGGAUGCUAACAGCCUCACGAGAUCACCUGCUCAAACUCUUUGACAUAAGAAAUUUGAAGGAAGAAUUGCAGACCUUUAAAGGACAUAAAAGAGAAGCAACUGCAAUAGGUUGGCAUCCUAUUCAUGAAGGUCUGUUUGUCAGUGGCAGUGCGGAUGGUGCUCUCAUGUUCUGGAUGGUUGGCUGUGAUCAUGAGGUGGGAGGGAUGGAAGAAGCCCAUGAAGGCAUGGUAUGGAGUGUGGCAUGGCAUCCUCUUGGCCAUAUACUUGCUUCAGGUUCUAAUGACCAUGCCACAAAAUUUUGGACGAGAAAUCGCCCUGGUGAUGAGAUGAGAGACAAGUACAAUCUGAAUAACUUGCCAGUUGGUAUGACAGAGCUUGACAUGUUGGAAUAUAAUCAAGAGUCAUCUGUGCCAAACCUUCCAGGCAUGGGCUUGGAGCAUGGAUUGCCAGAUCAUUUACAGUUGGCUGAUGAAAAAGCCAGUGAAAAUGAACUUCCAUCAAUACCUGGCCUUGACUGGGAGGAGGAUGCAGCUUUGUUAAAGGCCGAGGAAAAAACAGCUCAGAAAAAAGUGCCUUAUGCCAGGCCAGUGCCCAGAAUGUUUGAGCAGGCCUGGUCGGGGGAGAUAGACGUGGACCAGAUGAAGAAGGAACAGCAGCAGAACCAGCUGAAAGCUCAGCUGAUGCCACCUUCACAGUCAAGCCUGCUGCUAGCCCAGCAGGUGCUUGGGGCUGCUAUUGCUGGCACUCUCCGUCAACAGUUGGCAGCCAGUGAGGGGGGCCGCAUGCUCAUGCCGGGUGGCCCAUUGAUGUUGGGCCCAGGCGGGCCCAGAAUGAUUAUUGCCCCUGGGCAGCCUAUCAUGGGCCCCCAGGGUGGACAAAUGUUGCUCAUUCCUGGAAACACUGGCAACAAUGUCCUCGGUGCAGGGAACAUUCAGCACAAUAAUGUAGGAGUUGAGCUGCCUUCAAAUGCUCAGAACUCACAAUUAGUUGGUAACAGCAUGAACAUUAUGCCCAACAAUACAAGGCCACAAAACAAUAUGGGUUCCCAACAAAUGGGCCACAAUCAAAAUCCCAAUGGCUCAAUGGGCCAGUCUCAAGGCCAAGGUCUGAUGCAUGGACAGAUGAGACCUCAAGGGCCUCCUCAAGGCCAGCAGCAAGGUCACAACAUGGGCAGACAACCUGGGCCACAGUUUCAUGGCCAGAAUAUAAGAGGACAUUUUGGACCAGGACCUAAUCACCAAAAACCAGCUAACCAGCAGGACAUAGACAGAGAUGAUAGAGUGGCAGGAAAAGGUGUGAAUGCCGGCCCAUCUAACAUGGAUUUGGACCAAGACUAUCGUCCUCGUGUGUACAAUGGACCUGCCGGGCCCCUGGGUGUGGAGGACCAGGACUACAGACAGGGAAACAUGGGCAGGGAUGUCCGUAUGAAAGCUGACCCUAGACUAGCAAGUAUGGGGGAACCAAAUAGAAACAUGGACCGCAGGGGUCAAGGUAGUGAUGGAUAUCACGCAGGUCAAGGUAGUGAUGGAUAUCAUGGAAAGGAUUACAAGCGUGUGGAUGAAUAUGGGGAUCAAGAUGACAGGGACGUAGACCACAGAGCAGGGGCGAGUCAGAUGAGGGGAGGUCACAAGCCUAAAGAUAACUGGCAGGAUUAUGAUGAGGGGGCUUGGGAUGGGGGAGACACGGAGUAUGAUGAAGAUUAUGGUGAGGAUUAUACUGAACAUGAUAACAGAGGGAGGAAGAGGGCUUGGGAUGAUGGACCAGGAGGUCCAAGAGGGAGAGGAGGCAGAGGUGGAGCAUGGGGGAGGGGCAGGGCUAAUUACAGAAUGAACAGGGGGCACAGCAAUUACAGAGGAGGGGGACGUGGUUGGGGAAGGGGAGAGAAAAACAGGGGUGGUCACAGGGGAAACUAUUAA